GCGAGCGAGAGGGGGCGAAGAGAGCGGGAGUGGGAGUGAGAGUGAGAGCAGGUGCAACUGCAACUGCAACUGUAACUGCAGCUGGAAAAUGUCCAAGGUGCAGCCCAUGGCGUCGACACGUUCACGCCCUCGCCCCCGGCAGGCGGACAGUGAGAGUGUAAACAAACACACAGACGCCAUUAAUGGAGAUGUGAGCAGUGUCUUGGACUACACCAGCAGCAGUUCGAUCAUCGAGUUUUUGGCCAAGGAACAGGACUGCACCCUGGAGCCCGCCGAUCCGGAGACGAUAUUCCAGGAGGUGAACCGCCUUGCAGACAGCUCAGACAUGCGUUCCGUGGAUGAGCUGUUGCUGGAAGCUGAGCGUCUUAUACAACAACAGCUCCGCUUAGGCGACGGCGAUGGCGAUGGGGUCGGCGAUGGGGACAUCGAUGGCGAUGGGGAUGGUGACAUCAGCUGCCAGCUGCAAAUGCCAUCGACCACGCCCUCGCCCCAAUCGUUGGCAUCGCCGCAGAACAGCAUCAAGCUAAACACACGCUACUCCCGCUGCAUCAGCAGCAGUACCACCACAACCACCACCACCACCACCACCAUGAGCACCAUCAAAUCCAGCACCAAAUCUCCAUGCCAAGCCAAAGUCAAUGCGACUAAUAAUAAGGUCACAUCGUUGGGCAACUCCACAGCCUCCACGCCACCGACAGCCGCUGAGCCGCUGACCAAUUUUGUGGCAUUCGUCGAUAAUCUGCCCUCAGAGUCGGUCAUCUCCGAGGAGUCCACGCCCAAGGAUCUCCAUAAUCAUACGCACAAUGGCGGAGGCACCUUGGCUCGGCAGCUGCAGCUGGAGCAAGUCGAUAAUACCGAUGACGAUGAGGAUACGAUGGAGGAACUGACCGAAGCAGAGGAUUGUGCAGGAGUUGCCUUGCAUCGCCGCAGCAGCAGCAGCAACAGCCAGCCACAGCCACAGCCACAGGCACAGGCACAGCCCCAGACUGGAGCACAGACACCAGCCAAGGCGCGGGCAGUGGCCAGCAGCCAGCCCAUAGCUCCGAUGGCCAGCUACUCGGAGAAGGCGGUGGGCAGCUCGCCGAAGCACUUGGUGCACACAAUGAGCUCGCCCAUUGAGCAGAUCGUGACAUGCAGCGUGUCGCGGGAGCACGUGCUCAAGCAGGAGAUCGAGGAGCUGCAGGAGCAGCUCAAGGAUACGGAGGAGCGGCUGGCGUCGGUGCGGCUGCAGAGCGAAUCGCUGUCGCAGACGCAGCGCGCUCUGCGCGAGCAAAACAGUCGGCUGCAGGAGGAGUCCGAGAUGCUCAAGCUGGACGUGCAGCAUCUGCAUGAGUGCGCCGGCGUGCUGCGCAACGAACUGCAGUCGGCACGCCGGGAUCGGGAUGAGGCGGUGCAGCUGGAGCGCUCGUUGCGCAGCGAACUGGAGGAGGUACAGCAGGAGCGGCGACUGGCAGCCGAGGGCAAGGAGAAGGACGCCCGGAUCAUACAGGACUUGCAGCGCCAGUGCCGCGAAAUGGAGCGCAUUCUCAUGCGCAAGCAUCCCGACUCGGUGUCGGCUCUAAUAGUUGCCUCGAAGAGCACGACCAUGUGCUCGCUGAACGACCAGGAGAACAUGAGCAGCCGCAAGCUGUUGGAGCAGCGCAUCGCACAGCUUGAGUCGGACGCCAAGGAGCAGGAUCGGAAGGCCCAGCAGAUUUUGGCCAAUGUGCAGGCGCGCUUCAAUUCCGUGCAGGCCAAAUACGAGACGCACAUUGCGGAUCUGGAGACACAGGUGCUCAGUCUGCAGGAGAUCAACACGAAGCUGAACGAACAGAUCGAGUCGCAGGUGCGCACCCUGGAUCGCUUCAUGCAGAAGCGUGCCGACAGGUACUACAACAACUGCACCCAAACGGAUGCAGAGCUGGAGCAUGGGCAGCAGAGCAAGGAGCAGAGCAAGGCCAUUAGCAGCGGCAGCAGCAGCAGCACCACCGGCACCCAGACGCUGGCGAGCAGCUCCUCGAUGCGGGAUCACAGCACAAACACCAUCGGCUGCCCCUCGCCCAGCAUCACUUGCCAGCAGCAUCUGCUGCAUCAUCAGCAGCAGCUGCACUCGGCCGGCAGCAGCAGCACCAGCAGCACAGCCAACUCGACGCCCAACACGUCGCGGCCCAACUCGAAGCAGAGCGGCGCACAGCGACGCAAUCCCUCGGCCGCCCUGGGUGUCUCCAAGCUGCCCAUCUCCCAGUCGGACUCCACACUGUCGCUGCUCAGCCAUGGCCAUGGCCCGACUGGCGGCGGCGCCGGCGGCCAGCUGCAGGACUCCCAGCUGCUCAGCUCGGUGCGCAGCAUGCGCAUCGAUUUGGCGCUGAAGAACAAGGCCAUGCAGCGCCUCACCCACGAGCUGGAUGACUGCAAGAAGACCAUACGGAAGCUGCAGCGCGAGCGGGAGAGGGAUCCAGCCGGAGGCGGAGUGGGAGCAGCUGCUGUUACUGCAGGCUCUCGUUCACAUGGCGCUGGCAUGUUGGCCAGCGGCGGCGCUGCACAGCGUCGUGGGCACGAUCAUCAUCAUUAUCAUCAGCAUUAUCCGGAUCAUGUGCCGGCGACCACGGAAAAUCAGGCACUGAAGGAGGCGCAGAACAAAUUCCAUCUGCUCGAGGCGGAUUACAAGACGUUGCAUGACAAGCGACUGCACGAUCUAAAGACGUUGCAGAGCGCCCACGAGCGAGAGCUGGCCUCGUGCAACGAAACGGUGCGCAUUUUGCAGCAGCGUCUGAAUGAGCGCGAAGAGGCGUUCGCCACCCAGAAACGGCGCAAGGUGCCCGUCGAUUACUAUGCCCUGAAGGCCAAGGUCUCGCUGCUGGAGCGUCGUCACUCGGAGCGCGAGGAGCGGCUGCACAUGCUCGUCGAGGCGCUCAGCAAGGGGCGACUGAAUGGAGCACUCGAGGAUCUAUUGCAGGAGAAUAACAAUAAGUAGUUGAGCACAGCCUAAGCUGUGACGAACAACAGAAGGCGGAAGCAGAAACAGAAGUUGAAGCAGAAGCCGAAUAAUAACCAGUUAUCGAUCAUGUUAUCGUUAUCGCUAUUGUGCGAUCAAAAAUCAAGCAAAUCAAAAUUCCAAACGUAUUUGUUUUAACAAAUUGCCUUUGUGUUAAAUGUUGAUAAAUAUCUUUUAUAUAAAACUUUAUGUAUUA